AUGCCCCUGCAGAGGAUCGUCCGGGUGACCCUGGAGCACUCUUCUAGUGCCGUGUGUGUGGCUGGGGUGGAAACCAUUGUGGAUAUCUACGGGUCAGUCCCAGAUGGCACCACAUCAUUUGAGGUCUGCAGCAGCCCGGGAGUGGAUGUCUACAUCUCCCCCAACAUGGACACAGCUCGACAGCGGGCUGGGAGAAAGAGGUGGCUUUUUGAUAUGGGGCUGGAGAUCAUCGUGGUCAUGAACUCUCCCAGCAAAGACCUCAACGACAGCCAGGUUAGAAUUUCCUACCACUCUGAGAGCAAAGACGCUGCCUUGGCCUAUGGUGUUCUGUACCUCACCUGUGUUGACAUCUCUCUGGACACGGAUGCAGACUGCGAUGGGAAGGUGGAGAGGAGCUAUUCCAGCAAGAAUAAUUGGAUCUGGGGCCCCAAAGGGCAAGGGGCCGUCCUGCUGGUGAACUGUGACCGGGACGAUCCGGAUGGCACCAAGAGAGACAACUCUGACCAGCGUGUGGGCAGCCUAGAAGACCUGAAGGACAUGUCGCUCAUGAUCUUGAGGACAUAUGGUCCUUCUGCUCUCUUUGAUGACUACAAAUUAGUUCUUCACAUAUCCAGCUCAGAUGUGGAGAAAGCCAGAGUUUUCCAUGCCUGUGCCUGUGAAGAUGCCUGCCCAAACUAUAAGCACGUGUUAGGGCAGGACAAAGUCUCCUAUGUGGUGGAGCGAUUCCAUGGAGAUGAGGAGACGUUCUAUGUGGAAGGGCUGCGUUUCCCGGAUGCAGGCUUUUCAGGGCUGAUCUCCUUUCACGUCACUCUGCUGGAUGAUUCCAAUCAGGAUUUCCCCGAAUCUCCAAUUUUCACGGACACGGUGGUGUUCCGGGUGGCCCCCUGGAUCAUGACCCCAAGCACGCUCCCCCCUCUGGAGGUGUACGUGUGCAGGGUGAGGAACAACACCUACUUCGUAGACGCGGUGGCGGCAUUGGCCAGGAAAGCAGGCUGCAAGCUGACCAUCUGUCCUCAGAUAGAGAAUCGCAACGAUCGCUGGAUCCAGGAUGAGAUGGAGUUGGGCUACGUCCAAGCUCCCCACAAGACCUUCCCUGUUGUCUUUGACUCCCCAAGAAAUGGAGAACUACAGGACUUCCCUUACAAAAGACUUCUGGGCCCAGAUUUUGGCUAUGUAACCCGAGAACCAAGAAACAAGUUGGUCAGUGGCCUGGACUCCUUUGGGAACCUGGAAGUCAGCCCUCCUGUGGUGGCCAAGGGGAAGGAGUAUCCCCUGGGGAGAAUCCUCAUUGGCGGCAACUUGCCCGGGUCCAGUGGCCGGAGGGUCACCCAGGUAGUCCGAGACUUCCUCUAUGCCCAGAAAGUUCAGCCCCCGAUCGAGCUCUUUGUGGAUUGGCUGUCAGUGGGCCAUGUGGAUGAGUUCCUCAGCUUCGUCCCAGCCCCAGAUAAAAAGGGUUUCCGUUUGCUUCUGGCCAGUCCAAGUGCCUGCUUCAAGCUCUUCCAAGAGAAACAGAAAUGGGGCCAUGGGAGAGCGCUGAUGUUUGAAGGUGUGAUAGGAAAUAGAAAUGUGAAGACUAUAUCCAUCAACCAAAUUCUGUCUAAUGAAAACCUGAUCAGUUUCAACAAGUUUGUCCAGAGCUGCAUCGACUGGAACCGAGAAGUCCUGAAGCGGGAGCUGGGUUUAGCAGAGCGAGACAUCAUUGACGUCCCGCAGCUCUUCCAGUCGGAAAAAAGGAAAGCUGUGGCAUUUUUCCCAGAUCUGGUGAACAUGGUUGUCCUGGGAAAAUACCUGGGGAUCCCCAAGCCCUUUGGACCCAUCAUCAAUGGUCGUUGCUGUCUGGAACAAAAGGUCCGGACCUUGCUGGAGCCACUGGGACUCAACUGCACCUUCAUCGACGACUUCACCUCCUACCAUGUACUGCACGGGGAAGUCCACUGCGGCACCAACGUCCGCCGGAAGCCCUUCUCCUUCAAGUGGUGGAACAUGAUCCCCUGA